GGACACUAUAGUCAUUUCAUUCGAGCAUAAGCUGGGUGCUACAACCUACUGUGCUGCCGCGGCGGAUACAAGUUUUUCCCGCCAAACCAGACGCUUCGUUUCCAGUAGCUUCCUCCGCAAUCCGUCUUCCAAAUCUCGCCUCCAAUGUCGAAGAAACGAGGUCUUUCGUUGGACGAGAAGCGUGAGAAGAUGCUUCAGAUCUUCUACGAUUCUCAAGAUUUCUUCCUUCUAAAGGAGCUUGAGAAGUCAGGGCCAAAGAAAGGUGUAAUCUCUCAGUCUGUGAAAGAUGUGAUUCAGAGUUUAGUGGAUGAUGAUCUUGUUUUCAAAGACAAGAUAGGAACCUCUGUGUAUUUUUGGAGUCUUCCUAGCACUGCUGGAAAUCAGCUUAGGAAUGUGUAUAGCAGGCUUGAGUCGGAUCUCAAAAGCAGUAAGAAGCGUCAUGCAGAACUCAUUGACCAGUGUAAUGCACUAAAGAAGGGACGAGAGGAUUCUGACGAGCGAGAUGAGGCCUUAGCUGAACUGAAAGCCAUAGAGCUAAAGCAUAAUGAGCUGAAGGAUGAGGUGGCGCAGUACGCCGACAAUGAUCCAGCUGCCUUCGAAGCGAUGAAGAAAGAAAUUGAAGUUGCCCACUCAGCAGCUAAUCGAUGGACAGACAACAUCUUCACAGUGCGUCAAUGGUGUGCAAAUAAUUUCCCACAGGCCAAAGAGCAGCUCGAAAACUUGUACAACGAGAUUGGAAUAACGGAGGAUUUUGACUAUCUGGAGAUGGCACCGGUUCCUCUGAGCUCAGCUGGUGAUUAGUAUUGCUCUAUGAUGUCUAUUUUCAACAACUACUGCUCUAUCCAGUUGAAAAAUCGAGACUAAACAGAUCGUACAAACACAGAAGCAUAUUGAUUUACUUUGUUAAAUAUUCUCGUAUAUGAGAAAUGCUAAGGAGACUCUCAAAGAAUGACUCUCUGCCACUUCAUAGUUUAAUGUCAAAUUCCUGAGGCAACGUUAUAAAACAUUAUUCCAAGUUUUGCUAAGAACCAUUUCAUAUUAGUAUAUUUGACUUGUAUAUGUAUUCUGAUGUUUAUUUCUAUAGAAGGCAAUACAUUUUGGUAUAGGGUUU